AUGAGCAUGAAAGACUCGCACUCGGCACAUCCUGCCGCCAGUGCGAUAAAUGCGGUUCACCGUCUGAAUACCCCACCAGUAGUAGAGGAUAUGACGAGCGAUGAGAACAGUUCGUCUAUUCCGGUUGUGCCAACACUUCCCCGACAAAAACACAGGAAGGUAGAAACCGCUAAAGUGAGUCCAUGGCUGCAUUUCUUCGCCGGUGGUGCUGGUGGUAUGGCUGGUGCAUUAUUUACAAGUCCUCUGGAUGUCGUAAAAACCCGUCUUCAGAGUGAUUUAUACGGAUCUCAGUAUGGAUCCGGUGGGUUAAAAGCUUCAGGACGGUCACUGGGUCCUAUAGGAAGAGCAUCUCGUCAUGUGUACGAGACAUUUCAUAUCAUCAAAUCUGUAUAUCAAGUCGAGGGAGCUCGGUCUCUAUUCAAAGGUCUAGGACCUAAUUUAGUGGGUGUGAUUCCUGCUAGAUCCAUUAAUUUCUUCACCUAUGGACUUGGAAAGGACUUUAUUUCGACCACUUUUAACAAUGGAAAAGAGGAGACCUGGGUGCAUCUGGGAGCAGCUGCCACUGCUGGUAUUGUCACCUCGACCUGUACAAAUCCCAUCUGGCUUGUCAAGACAAGACUCCAGCUUGACAAGGCCACAAAAGCAUCUGGAGAACGCCAAUACAAAAAUAGUUGGGACUGUAUAGUCAAAGUCGUCAAGCACGAGGGUAUCGCUGGCUUAUAUAGAGGUCUAUCUGCCUCAUAUCUAGGUGUAGUAGAAUCCUCGCUACAAUGGGUUUUGUAUGAGCAAAUGAAGGGAUUUAUCCGUCGAAGAGAACAGCAUAGAAUCGACCAAGGUGUACCAUCGACCCGUUGGGACUCGUUUCUGGAAUGGAGUGCCACGUCUGGUGCUGCCGGUGCUGCCAAGUUCAUGGCCUCACUAAUGACUUAUCCACACGAGGUCGUUCGAACAAGACUCCGACAGGCUCCAAUGCAAGACGGCAAGCCCAAAUAUAAGGGACUCAUCAAUUGUUUCCGCAUCAUCAUCAAAGAAGAGGGCUUCCUGUCCAUGUACGGAGGUCUGACACCCCAUCUGCUCCGUACCGUGCCCAACAGCAUCAUCAUGUUCGGCACCUGGGAGCUCAUUGUCCGCUUCUUUUCAAAAUAA